AAAAGAGUAGGAAAAACCAGGGAGUUUUCGUUUUUACUUGUUGGGUUUUGCUUGUUUUUCCUUUUUCUAUACUCCUUUUUGGUAGUGUUGUGUGGGAAACAGCUUGUGGGUGUAUCUGGGGAGGGGUUCUUUGGAGAGAGUGGGAAAAGUUUGGGGUUUUUUUUGCAAGAAGGGAGAUGGCCGGAGGUGGUGGUGGUGGGGCGGCGCCGGCGCCGAAGCAGGACGAGUUGCAGCCGCAUCCUGUGAAGGACCAGUUGCCCAAUGUCUCCUAUUGCAUCACUAGUCCACCUCCAUGGCCUGAGGCCAUUCUUCUUGGGUUUCAACAUUACCUGGUCAUGCUGGGCACAACUGUUAUCAUUCCCACUGCACUUGUUCCUCAGAUGGGAGGAGGAAAUGACGAGAAAGCAAGGGUUAUACAGACAGUGCUUUUUGUUGCUGGGAUAAACACUCUGCUGCAAACCUUCUUCGGGACUCGAUUGCCAGCGGUGAUUGGGGCUUCAUAUUCUUUUGUCAUUCCGACGAUCUCGAUCAUCUUGGCUGGCCGAUAUAGUAACGAACCGGACCCUCAUGAGAAAUUCCUACGUAUCAUGCGAGGAACGCAAGGUGCUCUAAUUGUUGCCUCGACGCUUCAAAUUAUACUUGGUUUCAGCGGCCUAUGGCGCAAUGUCACUAGGUUUUUAAGUCCGCUAUCAGCAGUUCCUCUUGUUGCCCUUGUCGGGUUUGGGCUCUAUGAGCUUGGUUUUCCCGGAGUUGCCAAAUGUGUCGAGAUUGGGCUUCCCCAGCUGAUUCUACUUGUAAUCAUUUCACAGUACAUUCCUCAUGCUGUACACUUGGGAAGACACGUUUUCGAUAGAUUUGCUGUGUUAUUUUCAAUUCCGAUAGUGUGGCUCUAUGCAUACUUACUCACUGUUGGAGGAGCAUACAGACAUUCCCCACCAAAGACACAGUUUCAUUGCCGUACCGACCGUUCGGGGCUUAUCAGUGGUGCUCCUUGGAUUAGAGUUCCGUACCCCUUUCAGUGGGGAGCGCCGACUUUUGAUGCUGGUGAAGCUUUUGCAAUGAUGGCUGCUUCAUUUGUUGCCCUUGUAGAGUCUACUGGUGCUUUUAUUGCUGUAUCAAGAUAUGCAAGUGCCACACCGGUGCCUCCUUCAGUUCUCAGCCGUGGUAUUGGUUGGCAGGGAAUUGGAAUUUUGUUGGAUGGAUUAUUCGGAACUGGAAUUGGAUCCUCUGUAUCAGUUGAAAAUGCCGGAUUGCUAGCGCUGACACGUGUUGGUAGUCGAAGAGUCGUUCAAAUAUCGGCUGGUUUCAUGAUUUUCUUCUCAAUUCUAGGAAAAUUUGGGGCAGUUUUUGCAUCUAUUCCUGCACCUAUAUUCGCAGCUCUAUACUGUCUUUUCUUUGCUUAUGUCGGUGCCGUCGGCCUCAGUUUCCUUCAGUUUUGCAAUCUUAAUAGCUUCAGGACUAAGUUCAUUUUGGGAUUCGCUGUCUUUAUGGGGUUGUCUGUUCCACAGUACUUCAACGAGUACACUUCUGUUGCUGGUUACGGUCCUGUUCACACGCAUGCAAGAUGGUUCAACGACAUCAUAAACGUGAUAUUCUCAUCAAAGCCCUUCGUUGCCGGACUCGUGGCGUUUUUCUUGGACAACACGCUCCACAGGCACGACAGUGCUACAAGGAAAGACAGAGGUUAUCACUGGUGGGAUAAGUUCAGAUCAUUCAAGACGGACACGAGGAGCGAAGAAUUCUACUCUUUGCCGUUUAAUCUCAACAAGUUCUUUCCCUCGGUGUAAGCUUAUCAUGCAGGCAAUGUACCCACUCCUAUCCACAUCCUGUCCUUCUAGAGCUCUUUGGGCAAUGCCGCGGUGUUCAUUUCAUUUCCUUUUUUGGUUGUCCUUGGUAAAAAUCUCACACAAUAAAUGAAGUCCUAUUAGAUUUAUCCGGUACGAAUUUUUUCUCUCGUGUUUUGCUUGUAUAUACGAUAGGUAUUGUGGUUUAAAGCAGGAAACUUUUAGAGUGAUAGCUGCAUUUUGUUCCAUAUAUUCACUAGUUCUUAUUCUGUGUACUGCUAAUUGCAUCAGAUGAUGGGAUGCUUCGCGACAUAAUUAAUGACCCACACCUAUAAAUUAUUAUGCUUUAGUUUUGCUUA